UCUCUGUCUCUUUUUAGAGUUGUUACUCUCUCUCUCUCUCUCUCUCUCUCAUUCUGCUUCUGGGCUGUGUUUUUGCUUCGCUGUUUGCUGUGUGUGUGUCUGUGUUUUUAUUUAAGGUUGGUCAAUCUGUGGCAUUUGGUUGAUUAUAAUAUAAGGAAUAAAAGCAGUGAACGUGCUCUUCUUUGUCUGGUUGUUUCUAACUAAAACUUCACGCUUUUGAUUCGAGUUGGAGAAGAAAACAUUAUUUGAGAUUACACUCUGUACUUUUCUAUUCUUUUUUUUUUAAUCAUUCAAAGGCCUAAGACAGAGAGAAACAGACCUUUUGACACACACUGUGAGAGGGAGGUUGUUCUUUGGAAAAUGAGCUUUUUUUAUUUUUAAGUUUUUCCAUCUUUUGAGAACCAUGCUUGUCUCUCAGAAUUGAGUAUUCCGCUUUUCAAAUUCUGGGUCUUUCUUAUACCUCUUCUCUUUCUAGUCUCUACCGUAUAAAUUUUGCUUGGUUUUUUUGGCUGUGGCCUUGUGGGUGUAACUUAUGCUCUUUAUGAAGCUUUGAAUCACGCAAAACAAUGCUGUAAUGAAAAAAUUACUUGUAGUUUACCAGUAGUAACCUUUUUCUUUUUCUUUCCUAUAUCAGAAAAAGGUGUGUCUGUAAAAAUUGCCAGUACUUUAUGAAAAGUUGGUAUAUAUAUGCGUAUGCAUGACUUGGGGGGUUUUUCUAGCUUAGAUAUGAAGUGGAUAUUAGAGAAACAAGAAGAAGAAGAAGAAAAAGCAAAAGAGUCGUCAGAGAGAGAAUUGUGGUGAUGGGUUCGAAGACACAGCAGAGUCAGACUCAACAGCACCACUCUGUGGCUGUGAGGUUGAACGAGCAAAUGGGGUGCAAAAGAGGGUUCAUUCAAGCCAUCAGGGACUGGCUACUAACGUUGCUUCUGAUUUGGAUCGUGGUGAUGGUUUUCUUGAGCAUGACAGUGUACAAUCGCAUAGAUGCUGAUAACAGAGUAAGGAGGAAGGAUUUACUGGUAAGCAUGUGUGAUCAGAGAGCUAGGAUGUUACAAGAUCAGUUUAGUGUUAGUGUUAAUCAUGUGCACGCCCUUGCCAUCCUCGUUUCCACUUUCCAUUACUACAAGAACCCUUCAGCAAUUGAUCAGGAAACAUUUGCGGAGUACACAGCUAGAACCGCUUUUGAGCGGCCAUUACUGAGUGGUGUGGCCUAUGCACAGAGAGUAAUGGAUUCAGACAGGGAAAAUUUUGAGAGACAACAUGGUUGGACAAUAAAGACAAUGGAGAGGGAGCCUUCCCCGGUGCGAGAUGAGUACGCACCUGUGAUAUUCUCUCAGGAAAGCCUUUCUUACCUUGCAUCACUUGACAUGAUGUCAGGAGAGGAAGACCGAGAAAACAUUUUGAGGGCGAGGGCUACCGGUAAAGCUGUUUUGACUAGUCCCUUCAGGCUUCUAGGAUCUCAUCAUCUUGGUGUUGUGCUUACAUUCCCUGUUUACAAAUCCAAGCUCUCUGCGAGUGCAACAGUGCCAGAGCGCAUUGAAUCAACUGCAGGAUAUGUUGGUGGAGCCUUUGAUGUUGAGUCCCUUGUGGAGAAUUUACUUGGGCAACUUGCUGCGAAUCAGGCGAUAUUAGUGAAUGUGUAUGAUAUCACCAACUCCUCUGAUCCCCUAGCCAUGUACGGUCACCAAUGUCAAGAUGUAGACAUGUCUCAUUUCCAUGAGAGCAAGCUUGAUUUUGGAGAUCCUUUCAGGAAGCAUCAAAUGAUAUGUAGAUAUCAUGAGAAGGCACCUAUGUCAUGGGCAGCACUAACCACUGCGUUCUUUACGUUUGUGAUUGGUUUACUGGUGGGUUAUAUUUUAUAUACUGCAGCAAGUCACAUUGCUAAAGUUGAGGAUGAUUUCCAUGAAAUGCAAGAACUGAAAGUUCGUGCAGAAGCUGCUGACGUUGCAAAAUCUCAGUUUCUAGCUACUGUUUCUCAUGAAAUCAGAACACCCAUGAAUGGCAUCCUCGGGAUGCUGGCUCUGCUUCUAGAUACAGAGUUAAGUUCAACGCAGAGAGAUUAUGCCCAAACUGCUCAAGCCUGUGGGAAGGCACUGAUAGCAUUAAUUAAUGAGGUGCUUGACCGGGCAAAAAUUGAAGCUCGCAAGUUAGAGCUGGAGGCAGUCCCAUUUGACCUCAGAUCCAUACUAGAUGAUGUUCUCUCUUUAUUUUCUGAGAAGUCUAGAAACAAGGGCAUUGAGCUGGCAGCGUUUGUUUCUGAUAAAGUUCCUGAAAUUGUUAUGGGGGAUCCGGGAAGGUUCAGACAAAUUAUUACAAAUCUUGUGGGAAACUCUGUUAAAUUCACUGAACGAGGACAUAUAUUUGUUGAAGUCCAUCUAGCUGAACAAGAAAAAGCCACUGUAAAUGCAGAAGCUGAUACUUGUUUGAAUGGAGGAUCGGAUGGAGGUGUAUUUAAAGCUGAAAAUUGUUUGAAUGGUGGAUCGGAUGGAGGUGUAUUUAAAGCUGAAACUUGUUUGAAUGGAGGAUCAGGUGGAGGUGUAUUUAAAACUGAAACUUUUUUGAAUGGAGGAUCAGAUGGAGGUGUAUUUUUAUGUGGUGGACAUCAGUUUAAAACCUUAAGUGGUUGUGAAGUUGCUGAUGAGCGGAACUGUUGGGAUACCUUUAAGCAUCUAAUUGCUGAUGAAGAAUUUCGUUCUGAUGCUUCACAUAAUAUGUUGAAUACUAAUGAAGCAUCUGAAGACGUCACUUUGAUGGUAUCCGUAGAGGAUACAGGGAUUGGUAUUCCCUUAUCUGCUCAGGAUCGAGUUUUCAUGCCCUUUAUGCAGGCAGAUAGCUCAACCUCUAGAAAUUAUGGAGGAACUGGUAUAGGCUUGAGCAUUAGUAAGUGUCUGGUUGAGCUUAUGGGUGGUCAGAUAAGUUUCAUAAGCCGACCUCAGGUUGGUAGCACAUUUUCAUUUACUGCCAUUUUUGGGAGGUGUAAGAAAAAUGCAUACAAUGAUAAGAAAAAGGCUAAUUCUGAAGAUUUGCCUUCUGGUUUUAGAGGAUUGAAAGCAAUAGUAGUUGAUGAGAAACCAGUUAGAGCUGCUGUAACCAAAUACCAUUUAAAUAGACUUGGUAUCCUGGUCAAAGUCGCUAGUAGCAUCAAGAUUGCUGUUGCUAUGUGUGGAAAAAAUGGUUCUCUGACAUCUCGAAACUUCCAGCCAGAUUUAAUUCUAGUUGAAAAGGAUAUAUGGGUCUCUGGUGAGGAAGGUGGUCUAAAUUUUCAGCUAUUGGACCGGAAACAGAAUGGGCAUGUGUUUAGUUUGCCUAAGAUGAUUCUUCUAGCAACGAAUAUCAGUAAUGCUGAAUUUGAUAAAGCAAAGGCGGCAGGAUUUUCAGAUACUGUCAUCAUGAAACCUUUGAGGGCAAGUAUGGUUGCUGCAUGUCUUCAGCAGGUGCUAGGGAUAGGGAAGAAGAGGCAACAGGGGAAAGACAUGCCUAAUGGAACUCCUUUCCUGCAGAGCCUACUUUGUGGCAAGAAGAUUUUAGUGGUUGAUGACAAUAUGGUUAACCGCAGAGUUGCUGCAGGUGCACUAAAGAAGUUUGGAGCUGAUGUAGACUGUGCUGAGAGUGGCAAAGCUGCACUGACGUUGCUUCAAUUACCACAUAAAUUUGAUGCCUGCUUCAUGGAUAUUCAAAUGCCAGAAAUGGAUGGGUUUGAGGCAACCCGUCGGAUACGCCUAAUGGAGAGCAAAGCAAAUGAGCAAAUGAAUGGUGGAGCCAUAGAUGAAGGAGCUAAUCGAAAGAGAGAGUGGCAUGUGCCAAUAUUAGCCAUGACAGCCGACGUGAUUCAUGCCACAUAUGAGGAGUGCUUGAAAUGUGGGAUGGAUGGAUAUGUCUCGAAGCCCUUUGAGGAAGAGAAUCUUUACCAGGCAGUUGCCAAGUUCUUCAAAGCCAAACCCAUGUCAGCCUCAUAACAAGAUCUUCCACUCAUGUAAACCGGGCAAACCUAAAGUGGCAACACUUGAAUGGGCUGAAAAGUACCAGCAAUUUUAAUACUGCUGGUGCACUUCUCCCUCAGAUGAAAGGCAACAGUUGGCGUCCUUGAAUUUGAAGAUUCUUAUCCAACAUUGUUUACAGGUUCAGCCAAUCAAUUCUAACCAACUUCAGUUUAACAUGAUUAGAAUUCGAGUACAUACUGCUAUAAAAUUCUUCGUCCCCAGUUGAAUGUAUAGAGCCUUAGACGGGGAAGGAGCCAAAUUGUGUAAAUCAUAUAUAUAUUUUUGUAUGCUUUCCCUGGAACUUUCUUUUGAGAAAGUGUCUCAAUAUCUUGAUUCGUAUAAACUGUGUUGUACAAGACUUUGGUCGAUGAACAUUUUGUAUGCUGAGAAUGAAAUUUUUUCUUAUUAUUGAACCUA